CUCGUGACUAAGGAGACAGAUAACAUUGCUUCCACAAUCUUACGGCCUACUCCGAAGGUUCCAUUGCAGAUAUUGCUAAAUCAACUGGCUACUUGGAUCUAAUUGUUACGGUUCGAUGGCGACUUUGAAUCAGGAGAUCAUUGUCCGGAGAGAGAGAGAAAGAGAGAGGGGCUCAUGGCGUACGCGGCGUUGAAGACGGUGAAGGUUCCUCCGAACUCGUCGAGCCGAGAGGAGGCCCGGAAGCGGACGAUCAACAUCUUCAAAAUGGCCUGCCGAUCCCUCCCCGCCGUGAUGGAGAUCUACAACCUCGAGGACGUCGUCGCCGUCUCCCAACUCCGCUCCACUGUCUCCGCCGAGAUCCGCAAGAACGCCCACAUCGCCAACCCAAAGGUCAUUGAUUUGCUUCUUUUCAAGGGAACGGAGGAACUUAGCAACAUAGUCACACAUUCAAAGCAGCGACACCACUUAAUUGGCCAAUAUGUUGUCGGACGUGGAGGGCUAGUGCAGGACAUGGGGACAAAAGAACAAGGGAUUUCUGAGUUUUUGAAACAGUUCUAUAGGAGCAAUUAUUUCUGAACAUACUCCAAAAACUGGAAGGAAAUGAGAUUUUGAUCCAGUUCAUCUGGAUCACUGUGUUUCGGGAGACAUUGAGAAAUAUUUUUCAAUGCAUGCUUUUUUAUCAUUUCUCUUUUAGACAAAUUCAUGGCACUUUCAUGAUUAAAUCCUGUUCGAGUGUUAAAAGUGCAUGUUUGGUUGUUCUGCAGAUAGUGCAAGCAUUCUUGCAGCCUUUGCUCAUUUUUGAGUUGGUCAAGAGGGUUCCCCCAGGUAGACAUCAUCAAGAAGUAUGCACACCAUAUGCUCUUCUACAUUCACCUAUUUAGUGGCUGGCAUAAAAGCAGAUCAUUUUCUGAGUAAUGUGGAGG